AUGCUAUUUAAUUCUAUUUUUGGAGUAAAUAAUCAAGUCCAACAACUUCCUCAACCUCCCCAAAUUCCUUUAUUAUCAAAUAAAAGUCCAAUUACACAAACAAAUAUUCUAACAAAUAACUUACCAACAAAGCAAUUACCUCUAAAUAAUAUUCAAAAGCCCCUUGUGGCAUUACUUGACGGCCGCGACUGUUCUGUGGAAAUGCCUUUAUUAAAGGAUGUAGCUACUGUAGCUUUUUGUGAUGCCCAGUCAAUUAAUGAUAUUCACGAGAAGGUAUUAAAUGAAGCUACAGUUGCUCUUCUUUAUCAGUCUAUUAGUUUAGGACGUGAAGAAUUUAACAAAUUUAAAUCAUUAAAAGCGGUAAUUAGAAUUGGUCCAGGCUAUAAUAAUAUUGAUAUUAAUGCUGCUACAGAAUUGGGAAUAGCUAUAUGCCAUACACCUGUUGAAUGUGUAGAAGAAAAUGCAGAUUCAGCUAUUUCAUUAAUUCUUAAUUUAUUUCGAAAAACAUUUUCUCUUUGUAAUUUUCUUCAAAAUGGCAAAAAAACAAUAAAUAUUGACCAAAUAAGUGAAUUAAUGAAUGGAUCUCAAAGAAUUAGAGGAAGUACUUUAGGAAUUGUUGGAAUGGGAAGUGUUGGAAUUGCCGUUGCUCUUCGUGCCAAAUCUUUUGGGUUUCGAGUGCUUUUUUAUGACAAUAAUUUUGCUUUGGGUAUGGAAAAUGCCCUUGGAAUGGAAAGAUGUUCAAAUUUAACAGAAUUAUUUAGUCAAUCAGAUUGUCUAACACUUCAUUGCCCUUUAACUUCAGAAAAUAAACAUUUAAUUAAUUUAGAAACAAUUAAAUAUUUAAAAUUUGGAGCUUUCCUUGUAAAUACUACAGAAUUUGAUUUAAUAGAAUCUAAUUCUUUAAUUUCCGCAUUAAAAAGUGGAAAUAUUCGGAGCUUUGCAAUGGAUUGUGAUCAACCUAAAAAUAUUUUUGAAAGAGAAAAUUAUGAUACUCUUUGUUCACUGCCCAAUGUAAUAUCUACUCCAAAAAUUGGUUGGUAUUGCCAAGAAUCACACAAUGAGUUAAGGGUUGCUGCAGCACAAGAAGUUAGAAGAGCAUUAACUGGCUCUAUACCUGAAGAUCUUAAAAAUUGUGUCAACAAAUCAGAACUUUUAACUUUAAAAGGAAUUUUUAAAAUAAAUCAAGAAUCGUGUAAUAAUUCAACAUCAACAACCUCUAAUAAUACACUAUUUUCUAAGGAAUCUUUUAAUAAUAUUUCACCAAUUUUCCCCCCUCUUUUAAAUAUGCAAGCAACAUCUUUAAAAAAUUGUUUUGGUAAUUAUUUAAAAGAAAAUUUUGGAAAUUAUUUUUAG